GGCCUUCGUCAGAUACGUGUUCAACGUGCUCUUCGUCGUCGUCCUCGUCGUCCGAGGAAGUGUAUCACGAAACGAAAUUAGAAAUUAUUCUGACUAAGAAAGGGCUACAAGUCUACGGUUCGUGGACCAAGGAACGAUUGUUGCAGUUACUCACAGAUAGAAUUAAACAAUGCGUGCAGAAUAAACAGGCUAUUCCCAGCCAUGUAAACGUAACGAGACUGAAGAUCACCGUUUACAGCGGACUGUACAGUGUUGAAGUCUUGAAUGAAAUACGAAGCAAAGGCAUGUCUCUGCAAAGUAUCGUAAAAGCAAUGAAGCUGGGAUUGAUCAGCCUCAGCCCUGACGAGAUCCUCUGUUACAAGGAGUUCAACGUCGAACCGUACGCGUUAGAAUUCGAGGAGAUGUGGUCCAAGAAAUUUAGCGAGAAAUUGAUUCUAAAUUUAACGCCUGUUGGUCUCAAUGUAUCCGAGUGUUGGAACAUAAUUGUUCACGGUGUUUUUCUUCAAAGUCCGUACAUCAUUCGUCACUUGACGCUCAGCGGCGUGGACGUCUCGGGGAUCAUCAACUGGCAAACCAAGAUCAGCGUUGCAUCGACUAAGGUGAUCGAAUUUUUAACGCUGAUUGGGAUAGACGAAGAGGUCAUAGCAUUGGUGGAACAGCAUGGUAUCGAUGAAGAGACUGAACAAAUGCUGGUAGACCUCGGGCUGAAUGAAAUGGACGAAAGGCUGUCGACAGUGGAGGAAAUAAUAUGCGAGUGCAGCUUGACGAUAUUGGAGCCGAUUUGUGGUGCAGAUAUUUUAAAAACAGUAUGCAGAACGAGUUCGAAAACCGAUUCAUCGAUCGAUUCUAUUGGUAUAUUAGACGAUCUCCAUGGGUACUCUUGCCGAUGUCAUGCUUUGGAGGAACUGAAAACAGAUGAAGAAAUAAAUGCGCGAAGAAACGAUUAUUUAAGACAAAAUAUCAUGAUACCGUUGUCCUGGGCGAUGGCCAGAACUUUGAAAUACAGACCGUCAGAUCCCAUACACUUCAUAUCAUAUCAGCUGUUGAGUUGGGUACACGGGAACGUUCCAGAGAAUAGGAAGGAAGAUCUCCGUCAAUUAAUCGCGUUAUCUACAAUAGCAAUGGAUAAGAAACUCGUCGCGAGGAAUCUAUUAGAGGAAGAAGAACGGAUCAGGAAAAAGAAUCUCGAAGCGUUGAAAAAUAUUCCUUGCGAGGUUUGCAAAGAGCAUCAAGCUUUGCGUCGUGUUAAAGAACAGUGUUGGAAGUGCGUGAAGAAGAGAGUGAAGAAAUUCGGCGUCUGUGAGUUCCCCGAUGUCUGUAGUUCCUGCAAAAUUAACGUGUCAAAUAAGAGCGAUGUGUGAACAGAAAUUGUUACAACGUGGGGAAUCGGAGAAAUUUUCAGGUACGCAAUCAUUGAGCUCGUCAUCUGGCUAGAAAAUUAGUAAUUAAACAAUGAAUAAAAGAUUCAGUAAUCCUACAUUAAAUGAUACAGUAAAAGUUAUUUAAAAAAUUCGUUUAUU